AUAUGAUGACAGUUGUGACAGGGAAUUAACAAGUAGAGCAUGGUAUUUAAUUAAUUAAUUUGGUAAAGCCGCCAUCUGGCAAAAAAUCGUGUUAAUUAAGCUUAAAUUACAUAGUUAGUAGUAAUCAAGUUUAAACAAGGGCUUAAUAAUGAUGAUUAAGAUGCAUUACCAGCUGAUUACAUCAUCAAACCGUUGACCUUGCGUCACCGUCCGUUGUCUUAAUCCAAUGGCUGCUAUGACUUUACAGUUUAAUUAAGCAAGAAAACAUAUUUUAUAUAUAACUAAUUAAUACAGUAGUGGUGUGGUUUAUAUGUAUGUACAUAUAUGUAUGGUGGCCCUCUAUAAAUAGGCAUCAAAUGUGAGUUGUUGAGCAUCCAAAUCAAAUUUUCUCUUGCUAAUAAUUAAUUAAUUAAUUUAUAAUAAUUAAAAUUCAAUGGCGAUUCCGGUGAUCGAUUUCUCGAAGCUCGACGGAGAGGAGAGAGCCGAUACUCUUGCUCAGAUUGCUAACUGCUGUGAAGAGUGGGGUUUCUUUCAGUUAAUCAACCACGGAAUCUCGGAGGAGCUGUUGGAGAGGGUUAAGAAGGUUGCAUCUGAGUGCUACAAGGUUGAAAGAGAAGAAGGUUUCAAGAAAUCGAAACCGGUGCAACUUCUUAACGAAUUGUUGGAACGUAAAAAUGGCGGUGAUCAUGAUGAGAAAGUAGAGAAUGUUGAUUGGGAAGAUGUUUUCCUUCUCUCAGACGAAAACGAUGAUCAAUGGCCACCGAAAACUCCGGGUUUCAAGGAAACCAUGAAGGAAUACAGAAUCGAGCUCAAGAAACUCGCGCUACGAGUCCUUGAAACGAUGGACGAAAACCUAGGCCUCCCGAAGGGGUACCUCAACAAGGCCUUCAACGGUGGACAAGACUCCAAGAAUGCAGCUUUUUUCGGGACAAAAGUGAGCCACUACCCACCCUGCCCCCACCCGGAGAAGGUGACCGGGCUUCGGGCCCACACGGAUGCAGGUGGGGUUAUCCUCCUCUUCCAAGACGACGAGGUCAACGGCCUCCAGAUCUUGAAAGACGGAGCGUGGAUCGAUGUGCAGCCUAUGAGAAAUGCUGUGGUCAUCAAUACAGGUGAUCAGAUCGAGGUUUUGAGCAACGGGAGGUACAAGAGCGUUUGGCACCGGGUCUUGGCCCGGCCAGAUGGGAAUAGGAGGUCAAUUGCUUCGUUUUAUAACCCAUCGUACAAGGCCGUUAUUGCGCCUUCUCCGGAGCUGCUAGCGGCAGAGGCCGCGCAGGGGGCGGUGGUGGAGGAGGAGGAGGUGGUGAAGGACUCAUCAUCAUCAGGUGCUAAGUAUCCGAAGUUUGUGUUCGAGGAUUACAUGAAUGUUUACGCCGAGCAGAAGUUCUUGCCUAAAGAACCGAGGUUUCUGGCUCUCAAAGCAAUCUAGGAUUUUAAGAAUUAAUAUAUGGCGUUUUAUUUUAUUUUAUUAUUAUUAUGAAUUAUGUGUAAGUUUUCCUUAAAACAAAAUGCUUUUGCUGUCACUCUUCUGCUGCAUGUGUAUGUAAUGUGUUUAUGUUGUUUUUCUAUAUAUUUUCCUGGAUGA